UAGAGGCACAAGAAACAAUCCAAACCUUUUGGAUACUUGGCAGAUAUGGCCAAAUAUUCUCAAGCCACCCUGCUUCUCCUUCCUCUCCUGGUCCUUUUGCUAAUUAAAUCCUCUCAUGCUGCUGGUGGGAUUUCAAUCUACUGGGGUCAAAAUGGCAAUGAAGGAACUCUAGCACAAACAUGUGCCACGGGAAGAUAUGCUUAUGUUAACAUAGCUUUUCUCAACAAGUUUGGCAAUGGUCAAACCCCAGAAAUGAACCUUGCUGGACAUUGCAACCCAGCAAACGGUGGCUGUACAAUUGUCAGCGGUGGCAUCAAAAGUUGUCAGCAGCAAGGGAUUAAGGUGCUGCUUUCUCUCGGUGGUGGCAUUGGAAACUAUUCUCUAGCCUCUAAAGGUGAUGCCAAAAACGUAGCAGAUUACUUGUGGAACAAUUUCUUAGGUGGACAAUCAUCUUCUCGUCCUCUAGGUGAUGCUGUUCUUGAUGGCAUUGAUUUUGACAUCGAGCAAGGAUCAACUCUAUAUUGGGAGGAUCUUGCUCGUUUCUUAUCUAAAUAUGGAAGAAAAGUGUAUUUAGCAGCAGCUCCUCAGUGUCCAUUCCCAGACAGUAAUUUAGGGACUGCCCUUAAUACUGGUCUUUUUGACUAUGUCUGGGUCCAAUUCUACAACAACCGUCCUUGCCAGUAUAGUUCAGGUAACACAACUAACCUCUUAAAUUCAUGGAAUCGUUGGACUACAUCAAUAGACGCAGGAAAGAUAUUUCUAGGCUUGCCGGCAGCUCCUUCGGCAGCCGGAAGCGGGUACAUUCCACCAGAUGUGUUGACUUCUCAAAUUCUUCCGGUGAUAAAGAAGUCACCCAAGUAUGGAGGUGUCAUGCUUUGGUCAAAGUACUGGGAUGAUCAGAAUGGGUACAGUCCCUCCAUUAUCAGCAGUGUAUGAAACAUUGAAUUAGUCCUACUUAAGAUAAUCUAAGAUAAUAAAACUCAUGUCCCCAUUAAUCACUCUGCGGGCACUUCCUGAAUUGUAAUGUUUAUUCAACGUUGACUUUCUUUGUCAACUAUUUCUGGUACUAAUGGGUAAAGCCAUUCUGGCCUCAAUCACAUUUCUUA